AUGCUGGGCCAGCUUCGAGGCCCAUGCCUCCGGAUACUGACAAUCAUCGGCAUUGUGGCGUCGCGGUUCUUCAACACUCGCUUCGUCUACUCCAUUGCCGCCGUGUCCACGCUCGCCGCAAAGGCAAUCCACAUCCGCGCCCACCAGUCCGCGUUCAGGACAGCCGAUCUCUUCCUCUGGGGACCGACUUUCUUUUUCCAGGAUGCCAUACUGCUGCUUGGACUUCGCUGGAUCUGCGACUUGAAGCUCGCUAGGUGGCGUCUGUACGAGGUCUGCCAGCUGCUCGCCGCCGGCGUCAGUCUGGGCCUGCUCGUGCUGGCCACGGUCAACAUUUCGUUCUACUCCAUUGCGGGCACCGAGCUGCACUGGCGCAAUGUUGGCUUUGUCGGCGGCGAGUCCUCUCGCAAGGUUGUGCUCUCGGGCGCCUUUCGGGCUCUCGUCGUCGGCGCAGUCUUGGUUGCGACAAGUUUCUUUCUCCAAGACUUUUGCUCUGCUCUCGCACGCAUCGUACUUCGAAUCAUCGGAACCGCUGCAACUUUUGCCCUGCAAAAAUCAGGACUUUCCAAAAUUCUUCGAAUGUACAAUAAAGAUAUCUACACAAAGCUCGAACAGGACGACUUGAACGACUCGGACGGAUUCGGCCACCAGACAAGCUACGGUCAAAGUAGUUUCGAGGAUAGACUGUACAGGUCGCCCGGGUGGAAGUAUGUCUUUGCUUUCUUUGCCAGUCUCAUUGUCUACCAAAUUAUACUUGUUCUUCUGCGGCCGCCGGAGCCGUCCUUCAUCUUCAUGUCCUGGGCCGUGCCGGCAUUGCCCAUCAUCGACGUCACCCACGCCUCUUCCGCGCUUGGCGUUUUACUCCCCGUCUUUGGCACCGGUAUGCACUUUGAAUGGGACGAUGGUACCACAGCUUUGACAGCAGCAACUCCAUUCUCAUGGCUACCCAACGGCACAUCACAACAGGGAUUCGAGGAUUGGUAUGAGGGCGAGGAGCACUAUAGCCCCGACAACGAUCCUCUUCAUAUUUCUAACAUGGAUGACGACCUAUUACCCGAGCUCCAGGGCGCUCUAGAUGACGUCAACAUCAGGCAUAUCCUGUUGGUCAAACUCGAAAGUACUCGGAAAGACGUAUUCCCGUUCAAAAAAGACGGCUUCAUCUGGGAACAGCUGGCGAAAACGUUUCCUGAAGGAAAGCUCCCUGAGCACAUCCUCGAACGACUGGGCACAUUGACCCCAACAGCGAAUCGCAUGACGGGCGACUAUGACGAUGGAUUUCAACAUUCGCAGAACUCACCCAGAGGUGGACUCAGCUUCGAUAAUGCGUUUACGACUGCCUCGUACACACGAAAGAGCUUUACCGGUACAUUAUGCGGCGUCACGCCUCUUGUCGCAGACUUCAACGUCGAAUUCGAAAACCACAUUUACCAGCCUUGCCUGCCCCAGAUCCUGAAUGUCUUCAAUAAAAUCACGGAAAAGAACGACACCGACUACACUACGUACCCCUGGAAAACGUACAUGAUGCAGUCCAUUACCGACAGCUUCGACAAGGCACACGAGCAGCUUCCCGAAAUGGGCUACGCCGAAGAAAACAUUAUAACCAAGGAGUACCUGAAAGGGGACUCGCCCAAGUUCGGCUACGUGGAUCUUCCAGACAUCAACUACUACGGCAUGGCAGAGGUCGCAAUCGAGGAUUAUAUCCGCGACGCAUUCUCCAACGCAAAGCGCGACAAUGAGCGAGUGUUGCUUACACACAUCACAAGCACGACUCACCACCCAUUCGAGAUACCGGAAGAGGAAAAAUACGUCGCCCUGUCCGAAGACUCAAACUUGAACGAUUUAUCGCACUAUUUGAAUGCCGUCGGUUAUGUUGAUCGGUGGAUGGGCAAGAUCCUGGGCAUCCUCGACGAGCAAGGGGUUGCUAACGAGACUCUGGUCGUGGCAGUCGGCGACCACGGACUUUCCAUUGCCGAGAACCACGGAGUGACGGCCUACCUGAACCCCAACGUAGCAAACUUCCAUGUUCCUCUGGUGCUGUCUCAUCCUCAACUGCCAGCGCUGCGCAGCGACGCGGCUGUGCAGUCUCUUCAGAUUCUGCCCACGAUUCUGGAUCUUUUGCGCGAGACCAACUCGCUAUCGGACGAGACGUCCCAGGCAGCGGAGGACCUCUUGGGCAUCUACGAGGGCCAGUCCCUGAUCCGACCUGUCCAUGCCGAGUCCGAGGAAAGUGGCUACGCGGACUGGCAAUUCACCGUCAUGAACCCCGGCAAGGCGACGCUCAGUGUGCGAAGUGCUCGCGACCCUGCGUGGCGUAUAGUCGUGCCUAUUGUCGAGGAUGUGGAGUGGCGCUUCACCAACCUCGAGGAGUCUCCCAACGAAACGGAGGAAAUUGUGAUUUUCGGUUUUGUUUCGUUCCUCAAUGCCGUCAAAGAUAGACAUGGAAAGGACGCGGCCGAGUGGGCGGAAGAAGCCGCCUUCAUGGCGCGUUGGUGGGUGGACGAGAACAGAAGACGAUACCGCUACAGCGAGUAG